AUGUUCUUCCACGAAGGCGAAGCGGUUCAGCCCUCAUAUUUCCCGGUUCUCGAAACCACGUUCACGCCGAGCGAAAUAGAGGAGCUGUUUUCCCUAGUUAACGAACCGGCCUUCCAGGAAGGCGAAGCGGUUCAGCCCUCAUAUUUCCCGGUUCUCGAAACCACGUUCACGCCGAGCGAAAUAGAGGAGCUGUUUUCCCUAGUUAACGAACCGGCCAGCUCCGGGUCCGGUUCGCAUGGCUCGAACCGGGCGGUUCGGUCGACGCACGAGAGAAAGCUUAGGCGAAAGGAGUCGAACCGGGAAUCGGCCAGGCGGUCCCGCUGGAGAAAGAAGCGGCACUUAGAGAACCUCACAAACCAACUGAACCGGUUCAAAAUGGAAAACCGGGAAUUAAGAAACCGGUUAUGCUUUACCAUGCACGACAAUCUUCUACUCUCCGUGGAGAAUGAACGCCUUAGCUCCGAAUACGUUACCCUUAUGGCUACACUCUCGGAUCUUUAUCAAAUUUUAGGCACCAUGAUUUCACAAUAG